ACAGAGCAGCUGAUUGUUUUUUGCUAAAACACUUGAUUUUUUUACAUGUAUUUUGACAGUGUGCUGGCACUUUUAAGUGUUGGCAUACUGUCAAACUACAUAUAUAAAAAAUAAAAUGAAUUCGCUCUGUUUUUCUGAAUUCGCCGACGUCACUACCUUAUAAUUAAUUGUUCAAUUCACAAUCAAGUUGUAUGUUUUAGCUACUAAAAUAUAACAACUGUGAUUGUGAGCAGUACUUUGCGCCAAGUCGUAAACUUAUUUUUUCUAUAAGAAAAAACAAUUAAAACAGAAAAGUCAAAAGGCAAAAAAACAAAUAAAUAGUUAAAAUGAGCUAUUCAAGUGAAAAAAAACAAAACAAUUGUUGCAUUGUGCGAAAAAUAUAAUGCUGAAAUGUUGACACUGGAUUCUAGUGAUGAGGAAGAAGAGGGUGAAAUCCUGGAAAACUUUAGAAUGAAUAUGCUUUAUCUAUCUGUUAACCGCCGAAGUGUCCACCUAGGAUUGCCAAAAUCAACAGCAUGGAACAAUAAAGUUCUAAACUAUUUUGACGAUAAUAGAUUUAAUCAAAUGGUUCGAUUGCUUCCCUCGGAAUUUGCCUACAUCCUGGACUUAAUUAAAGAUGACGAUGUAUUCAACACAAAAUGGCGCAAAACGCAAUUUCCAAUUGAGCUGCAGUUGAAAAUUGUACUUUUUCGCUUAGGUGAUGGUGGAUCUGUUCGCAAAGUUGCAUCCAUUUUUGGAAUAGGUGAUGGCGGCACAAUACAGAAGAUUACAAAACGUGUUUUUAAAGCUAUAUUGAAGCUUAAAAAUAAAUUUUUGUAUUGGCCAAGUGAAACCGAAAGAAUGGCAAUAAUUUUAAAAACACAACAGGAAUUGCCUGGAUGUAUUGGCUACAUUGAUGGCUCCGAAAUAAAACUUGCCGAAGCUCCACACAAAAAUCAUGAGCUUUACUUUUCAAGAAAAACGCAAUAUGCUAUUAAAGUCCAAGCCGUGUGUGACUAUAAAUUGUCCAUCAGGCAAGUUACAAUCGGAUAUCCCGGAAGUGUUCAUGACGCUAAAAUUUUUUUACAUUCUCCACUUGCAAAACACCGGAGAGGUAUUUUUCUAGUUCCCAAUGGCUGUCCGAGAUAG